UGCACGUCAACGAACGUCAGAUGAGUUCCGCUUUCGCGUGACGGUCGCUAGUGGAAGAGUCAUUCGUUUGAUUCAAGAUUUUCUGACCUUGUGAUGUAACCAAUUCAUAGAUUUACUUUUUUAGAGGGCGUUUGGACCUCAACUUGCCGGCAUGCGAAGGAGAAAGAGGAGUUUAGGCGAGCGUUACCGGCUGGUUGUCCCAAAACAUGCCCAAAGUAAAGAAUGUCUCAACAACAUUCAUUCAAAAUACAAUCUUGGCAAUUCGAUCAAGACCACCAAGUAUUCACUUUGGUCCUUUCUUCCAAAGAACCUAUUCGAGCAAUUUCACCGAUUUGCGAACAUCUACUUCUUGGCGAUCAUUAUUUUAAAUUUGAUUCCUGAAAUUAAUGCCUUUGGGAAAUACAUCGCAAUGGUACCUUUAAUAUUCGUCCUAUCGGUGACGGCGAUAAAAGAUUUAUAUGAAGAUCGGAGAAGGUACAAAUCGGAUAAAGCGGUGAAUAAUAAUAUCUGCCAUGUUUUUAACAGUGACGCUAGGGAAUAUCAACAAGUCAAAUGGAAAAAGGUAGUAGUUGGAGACUUUGUGAGGCUUAGAAGUGAUGAGAGCGUCCCAUCAGAUAUUCUGUUACUUAACACAAGUGAUGACAAUUCUAUUUGCCACAUCGAAACUGCUAACCUUGAUGGAGAAACCAAUUUGAAGCAAAGAGAAGUGGUGAAAGGACUUCAUGUGGGAAAUUCUAGAUUUUCCCCAGAACAGUUCGAAUUUAAACUCAAGUGUGAAGAGCCAAAUAACCACAUUCACAGAUUCAAUGGGACCUUAUCCAAUGACGAGGGAAAGGAGAUUCCUGUUGGAAAGAACAAUCUACUGUUGCGUGGUUGCAUCCUUCGCAACACAGACUGGGCCGAGGGAAUAGUUGUCUAUGCAGGUGAGAAAGGAAAUUCUAGAUUUUCCCCAGAACAGUUCGAAUUUAAACUCAAGUGUGAAGAGCCAAAUAACCACAUUCACAGAUUCAAUGGGACCUUAUCCAAUGACGAGGGAAAGGAGAUUCCUGUUGGAAAGAACAAUCUACUGUUGCGUGGUUGCAUCCUUCGCAACACAGACUGGGCCGAGGGAAUAGUUGUCUAUGCAGGUCAUGACACCAAAGCCCUGAUGAAUAACAGUGGUCCAAGAUACAAGCGCAGUAAAGUGGAAAGGGAUCUAAAUCUAGAUGUUGUUUCAUGUGUUGUUAUACUCUUCAUUCUCUGUUUCCUUGGUGGAGUUGGUUGUGGGUUUUGGACAGACAGAAAUGGUUUCUUCAACAGACACUUCACACCUGGUUCUACUGAUGCUGAUCAGCCAUUUGUGAGAAAACCAGUGACGGAAGGGUUUAUCAGAUUCUGGACAUUUGUCAUAAUUUUACAGGUUCACUUUUUAUUUGCAAUAAGUACAUGUGUGAUAACUUGUUUUAUGAACUGUGGUGAUUCCUUAUGUGACCAUAACCGGUAUACUGAAAUUGCUCCUUUUUCUGGUGUGUUUGCGCUGAAUGCAUUUUUGUACCCUCAGGUCCUAAUCCCAAUCUCCCUCUAUGUUUCUAUGGAAGUUGUCAAGUUGUUCCAAGUGUAUUUCAUCUCUAAUGACCUUGAACUGUACUAUGCUGAAAUGGAUCAACCAGUUUUAUGUCGUGCACUGAACAUUAAUGAGGAUCUAGGACAGAUCAAGUUUGUCUUCUCAGACAAGACAGGAACUCUGACUGAAAACAAAAUGGUAUUCAAGAGAUGUACCAUUGGUGGAAGAAACUUUUCUCACGGGGACAAACUUGGGUCAGAUCUUACCGAUGCUGCACCGUCAUCAUCAGAUGCUGAUCAAAUGUACCAUCAAAUUUCUGAUGAAUCAAAUGGUGGUGAACUUUACUGGGAUAAAGAACUUGCACAAGUAGUAGAAUCGAACGGGAGGAAUAACUAUCACUGUGGGCCACAAAGUUCUUACUUGAGAGAAUUUUUCAUUUUACUCGCUAUUUGCAAUACUGUGGUUGUAACAAGGAAGUCUAAAGGGACUUCAAAUAACAGCGCGUCACCAACAGAUCAAACCGAUUUACCCCACAAUCCAGAUAAUAAACACGUCCCUGUAGAUUUAGGCGAGUAUAGUUCUUGGAACAAUCACCUUAUUCCAGACUCAAAUUCCGCGCAUGGCAACCUGGGUGUGUCGGCAACACCUGUGAAAACUUCUCUAGAAAGGUCAUCUAAACGACUUAAAAGCCCUGGAUCUCUUAUAGAAGCUGCGGUUGAACAAAGUACAGCAAAUGACGAAAUUCUGUAUGAGGCAGAGUCUCCUGAUGAGGCCGCACUUGUGAAGGCCGCCCACUUGUAUGGCUAUAAACUUCUAAGUCGUAGUCCUGAUAAAGUUACGUUGUAUAUUCCUGGCGAGGGUGAAGUGGCUUACGAAAUAUUGCACGUACUGCCGUUUGAUUCUUCACGUAAGCGCAUGUCAAUUAUCGUGCGCCGAGAGGAUGACAGUAGCAUAGUAUUAUAUUGCAAGGGAGCUGAUUCAGCUGUGCUCCCAAAGCUUGAACGAGCCAAUCAACAGUUCCAAGGGGACGAUGUUGAUGCUGGUGAAGGGUCAUGGGCGGCUAGGAGUAGAAGUAGGGGAUCUUUAGUGGAGGAGACGUCGUGUCACUUGGAUCUUUAUGCCAGGGAUGGGCUAAGGACCCUGUGUAUGGCCAGAAGGGAUUUAGCCACUGGUGAUUACGAAGAAUGGCUGGAACAACACAGGCAUGCCGAAACAGCUAUUCACGACAGAGAAAGGCUCCUUCGAGAGUCAGCCCACAAGUUAGAAUGUAACUUGGAGCUCCUUGGUGCCACUGGCAUCGAGGACCGUUUACAAGAUGGUGUCCCUGAGACCAUUGCCAUGUUACGUGAGGCAGGCCUUAAAGUUUGGGUCCUCACAGGAGAUAAACAGGAAACAGCAAUUAAUGUGGGGCAUUCCUGCAAACUUUUGGACACUACAAUGCAGAAGGUCAUUUUGAACGCGAAAACCAAGGCGGAAUGUGAGGACCAGAUCACAUCUUGGCUUGCGCAUUUUCAGUCUGAAGUCAUGAGUAUUGCUAGCGACCAUUCUUCUAACACAGUGUCAGGCCGUAUCAACGCACCUGUGAAUGACAGAUCAGUCGGACUCGUAAUUGACGGACGGACACUCAUGUUUGCGCUCGAAGAACCUUUAAAGAUAAAGUUCUUGGACUUAGCCAGACACUGUCAGGCGGUUCUCUGUUGUAGAGCUACUCCAUUACAAAAGUCUGCAGUUGUCCAGCUGGUCAGAAAUGGACUAAAGACAAUGACGUUAGCAAUUGGUGAUGGUGCUAAUGACGUAAGUAUGAUACAAAUGGCGGACGUGGGAAUUGGAAUUUCGGGACAAGAAGGAAUGCAGGCUGUCAUGGCAAGCGACUUCGCCAUUGGUCGGUUUAAAUUCCUUUCUCGCCUCUUAUUGGUCCAUGGUCACUGGUGCUAUGAUCGAAUCUCCAAGAUGUUUCUUUAUUUCUUCUUCAAGAAUGCUAUGUUUGUGCUCGUUCUGUUCUGGUUCCAACUGUACAACGGUUUUUCGGGUUCAAAUGCUAUUGACGACUUAUCUCUAAUCCUCUUCAAUCUCGCGUUGACGACUGUGCCUCCGGUAAUUUGUGGAGUCCUGGAUAAAGAUGUUCCGGAUCCAAUGUUGACUGCAAAGCCUUCUCUUUACAAAUCCGGACAGAAUAGCGAGUUUUACACAAGGAAGCUGUUUUGGAUGACAAUCUUUGAUGCACUGUAUGAGAGCUUAGUGGUGUUCUACGUAGCUUUCUGGGUGUAUAAUGGUACCGCUGCUGAUAUUCGCAUGGUUGGGGUUACCCUUCAUCAGAGUUCAGUGAUAGUUGCCAACUUGUAUUUAGCUCUGAUCACAGCUCAGUGGACAAUUCUACAUCAUGUGUUCUUAUGGGGUAGCAUCGCUCUCUCAUUCGUCUGGUUCGCCAUCUUAGGCGAAUUAAGGAGCUUCUUUUGGGAGAUGUACAAAGUGCCACUCGUAACCAUGGCAACUAGGGAAUUCUGGGCUGUUUGUGCUUUAAGUGCCGUUGCUGCUCUGUUUCCAAGGGUGGUGAUUUCCGUGGUUCGACACACGCUUUGGCCCACAGAGAUCAACAAGGCUCAACUAGAGUCAAAACGAAGGGAAGAAACACAGGGUAGUAGAACUACGUUCGUGGAACAAAGUCCUGAAAUUCCGAGAACACAACUAUCUGUUUAAGUGUAGUGCGACCAGGGGCGAUUUACUUUGAUCUGGUUCUGCGUUCUUUUCUCCCGUGAAGUAUUGUUGGGAAUAGCGGCUCUCGACACACACCAGGUCUUUGCAACUGAAGCUGGACAAAACAAUGCAAGUGAUCUAUUUAGAUAUCUCAGUUUUGAAAUUGCUCUUUCAUUUUCAUGGACAUGCCACCAUAAUAAAAUUCUGACCGAUGGAGGUAGCCAUUCACAAAUAUGAUUUCGAAUGGGUUGCAAACCUCUAAACCUUUUUCUUAGACUGUAACCUGAAUUACCGGCUCGACCUACUUUGGAAUUUGAAGGCUGACCACUAGAGACGUACUGUGUAAUUUAUCUUAGUAUUCGUGAAGAGAAAAGUAUAUUAAAUAGAGUUAUUUUGCGGAUA